AUGAUGGAGAGGAUAAGAAAAGAGAUGAUAUUGAUGGAGAGAGGGUUGCACAGUCCGGUCGCAGGGAAGAGGCUCGCCGACAACACGCCGGGAAACUCAGUGUUGGAGGCCCUGGAGAACUCGCAGCACAGCGGACGGCUCAGCCCGAGAAUAACUUCGGCUCAGCUCCAUGGAAAUCUCGGGGACAUCCCGACGAAAAGCAAAUUUGAGAUUGACAGUCUUUUCGGGACGCACCACAACAGCGAAAACAGCUCCUCGGCAGAAAUCUCCUCUUCAGAAAGCAGGAAGAAGAUGAGCCUUUAUUCUGAAGUUUCUCCAGAUUCAGAUAUUAACAGUGAUGUGGAGGUGGGAUGCCCUUCGCAUCGCUCCCCGAGCCAGCACAAGGAAAACAACAAAGGGUUUUCAGACUCCGGCUCAUCAGGCUCCAACUCCCUCGCGAAUAUGAACGGUAACUCGGGAGGAUCAAACAAUUCUAACUCAGACCAAGUGAGACGAUAUCGGACAGCUUUCACCAGAGAACAGAUCGGAAGACUGGAAAAAGAGUUUUACAGGGAAAAUUAUGUUUCCAGGCCGAGAAGAUGUGAAUUAGCUGCUGCGCUAAAUCUGCCCGAAACGACCAUUAAGGUGUGGUUCCAAAACAGGCGGAUGAAGGACAAACGGCAGCGUUUGGCGAUGUCCUGGCCCCAUCCCGCAGACCCCAGCUUCUACACCUACAUGAUGACGCACGCGGCAGCUACAGGAAGCCUACCUUACCCUUUCCACUCGCACAUGCCUCUACAUUACUACCCGCACGUCGGUGUCACUGCAGCAGCAGCCGCCGCGGCCGCCACCAGUGCCGCCUCGUCACCUUUUGCCACCUCCAUCCGGCCCCUCGACACUUUCCGGGCGCUCUCCCACCCUUACUCACGGCCGGAGCUCCUGUGCAGCUUCCGGCACCCGGGACUCUACCAGUCACCCGCAGGUCUCAACAGUUCCGCAGCAGCGUCAGCAGCCGCGGCGGCUGCAGCAGCGGCGGCGGCGGUCAGCGCGCCGCCAGCCGGGCCUUGCUCGUGCCUGAGCUGCCACAGCAGCCAGGCCGCGAGCGCACUCGGCGCCAGGAGCGCCAGCGCUGACUUUACCUGCACAGCUUCCGGGCAGAGAUCCGAGAGUGGAUUUCUGCCGUACUCUGCUGCUGUUCUCAGCAAGACCUCAGUCCCAUCACCAGACCAGCGAGAGGAAAGUUCACUCAACAGAUAACUCGACAUGCAGAACAUACGAGAGGGUCUUUUUUUGUUUAAGUCUUAUUUUGAGGGAUCAAAACACACUUGAAAUUCUUAAGCAGCACUAAAAAAUUAAACACAUAAAAGACAUUAAGGUUAAUUAAAAAAAAAUCCAAAAAACUCUUUCUACUGUAU